GACGAGCGUGUAAUUAUUCAAAAUUUUCGAAAAUAUGACGAGGCAUUAAUAAUAUUAAAGUGUUUAUUAAUUAUCGGAAUAUUCAUUAAAUAAUUAGUUAAUAUUACUUUCGUCUUGUUCAUAGUAUAAAUCAUGGCGAGGCCACAUCAAAGCGAUACACGUGCGCCAGAUAGGAUACAGAACGCCAGAGAUAUCUAACCCUAAACUUGUUUUCUAAAUAGGACCAUUUAAUAAAGUGAAUAUUUAAAAAUUCGUACAAUGACUGACAAAGUACCAGACUUAGAAAUGGAUGCUGUCAGUGAUUCAGAUAGUGGUGACGAUUGGGAUGAAGUUGAAGAUACUUCUAAACGUAUACUUUGCCUUUUCUGUGAGAAAGAACUUACCAAUUCAUCAGAAUCUUUAAGCCACUUGGAAACAGUGCAUAAUUUUAAUUUGAUUGCCUUCAAAACCAGACAUACAUUGGACAUUUAUUCAUAUAUCAAAUUGGUUAACUUCAUUAGGAAGAACCAUGUUUCUGCUGAGGAAUUAAAAGCACUUGGAAUUAAAACAUGGGAUAGUGACGAAUAUCUAACACCAGUAUUACAGGAUGAUGGCUGGUUAAUGCUAGACAUUGAGGAUUUUGAAGAUGAAGCCCCUAAACCUGCAGCGUAUCCAGUGAAUUCAGAGAAUGGCUGUGUUACACUUUCUGAAGUACAUUUUGCAGAAUUACAAAGGACUAUUCAGUCACUCAAAGCUCAAUUGGAACAGAGAGAAUUAGCUUGCUUAUUGGCUAAGCAGCAAAUUGACGAAAUGAUAGAAAAAGCUCAGCAUCUUGUUCUGGAUGACGAUUCUCAACCAUUAGAGAAUCGUUGUGUAAGGAACGUCAGUUUAGACGUUGACGAAGGAUAUUUUAGCACUUACAGUCAUUUUGCAAUUCAUCACGAAAUGCUUACGGAUAAAGUGAGAACAGAAAGCUAUCGAGAUGCGCUUUUAACUAAUUCCCACAUGUUUUCAAAUUGUGUGAUGCUUGAUGUUGGCUGUGGUACAGGAAUCCUGUCAAUGUUUGCUGCAAAAUCAGGAUGUCGACAAGUGAUCAGUGUAGAUCAAUCAGAUGUGAUCUAUCAUGCAAUGGAUAUUGUAAGGGAGAAUCAUCUAACAGACGUGAUAACCCUAAAAAAAGGCAGACUCGAAGACAUUGAGCUAGAUAUAGAGAAAGUUGACGCAAUCGUUUCAGAGUGGAUGGGAUAUUUCCUAUUAUUUGAAGGAAUGCUUGAUACUGUUAUUUACGCCAGAGACAAUUACUUACGACCUGGAGGGAAGUUACUUCCCAAUCGAUGUGCAAUCAGUAUUGUCGGAUCAGGUGACACAAAGAGAUACAUUGAUCUAGUGGAUUAUUGGUCGAAUGUCUAUGGCUUUAAAAUGAGUUGCAUGAAACCAGAGGUUGUGCGAGAGCCGAGCAUUGAAAUCUGCAACCCACAGGAUCUCGUUACCAGUGUGGCUGAGAUAAAAUCCUUUGACCUUUACACAGUUCAAACGGAUUGCGUAAAUUUCUCCGUCAAUUUUGAUCUCACUGUUCAUAGGACUGGUUCGUUGACAGCAAUUAUUGGAUACUUCGAUGUCUUUUUUGAUUUAGAUAAUCCAAUAAGCUUCAGCACAGGACCACAAUCUACGCCGACACAUUGGAAACAGACUGUUUUCUCUUUGAGCGAACCGAUCAGCAUUACCGAAGGGGAAGUGGUUAGUGGCAAAUUGAUUUGCCGAAGAAAUAUAAAGGAUAUUCGUGGCCUCGUAGUGACAAUUCACAUAAAGAAUUUUAGUCAGGUUUACCAUUUGGACUAAAAACGGACAUAAAAAGAAUCAAGAAAGAGGAAACAAGAAGUAAAAUCGUAUGUGCCAAUACUAUUUGAACGAUAUAAAAUUAACAAUGCCCAUAGGACCUUUAUUACAAUUAAUAUUUACACAACGGACCUAUGAUUGCGAUUUCAUGGUUACGUAAAAUAAAAAAAAAAUAAUAGAUAAGAACAAGAAACGAAAGACUAGGGAAAACAUGAAAUCAAGAAUAAAUCGUUUGAUAAAGUUAUCGUUAUCGAUAAUGAUUACUUUUAAAUAUUAAUAACUUAGUCUCUUAAUAAAUAGUCCCCAAGGCAUAAUAGCGCACAAGAAUCGGCAUUGUCGUUUGUUCGCCCUGUAUACAGAGUGAUGCAAAAAUUAUACAACGAUGAGCGGAAUGUAGGAAAUACCAUUCUUGAAAUAAUCAUAGUAAUUAUAAAAUCAUUGCCUCGGCUUCGAACCAUUCGAAACCCGUUAGAGUUACGCGAAUAAUUCAUUUAACAUUCUGUAUUUACAUUUUAAGUUUAUCUCGUUCAAUAUCUCAAAACGAAGGAUCUCGCUAUAGAUCUCGUAUUUCUCUUCCUUGACCAUUCGAAUACCCUGUACGUCUUGUACAUUUCUCUAGAUUUUUUUCUCGAUCCAGCCACUACUAGUUACACGUGUCAAUCGAAGCUUCUACGGUCGCGGUUAUUCUGUGCGGUUCUGUGAUAAAAUUAAUUGAUAAUUACUGUUACGAGUUACAAGAAUAUUGAUGGUAUAAUUAUAUAACAUAAUCAAUAUUGAUUAUAUCUAAAACUAAUCCAUUGAAAGAGUUACACAAUAAAUGGUUUAAGACUCGA